GUCCUAAAGAAACCUUUGGGACCCCUCUCUAGUAAGCAAUCCUUAGUACAAGGAGCAAAUGGAAGUAGCUAUCGUUCCUGGACUACUUCCCGGACUAUGGACUUGGGGAAAGGAGAAAUCAAGCAUUCUUUCCUGGUCAUACCAAACUGCCCCUCACCUCUAAUGGGACGAGACUUGCUAACCAAACUCAGAGCCCAGAUAACCUUUGAAGAAACUGGUCCAGAAAUUGCUUUUCUUAAUCCCAGUGUUCAACCACUUACCACCUCCGUCCUGACCAUCAGGGCUGAGGAUGAAUAUAGACUAUUUACAAAUGACCCCUUGCCAGUUGAAAGCCAAGACACCGACUUUUGGUUGAGACUAGUUCCAGAAGCUUGGGCCGAAACUGCUGGACUGGGGUUGUCUACCUUACAGGCUCCAGUAGUGGUAGAGUUAAAAACUACUGCUGUCCCUGUGAGAGUUAGGCAGUACCCCAUGAGUCAGGAAGCGAAGAAAGGCAUAACUCCUCAUAUCCGGAAACUUCUCCAACAAGGGGUCUUAGUAAAAUGUCAGUCAGCCUGGAAUACUCCAUUACUCCCAGUUAAGAAGCCUGGAACUGGGGACUAUCGGCCAGUACAGGACCUAAGGGCAGUUAACAGCCAGGUGGAAGUCAUCCAUCCCACUGUGCCAAACCCAUACAAUCUUCUCAGCACCUUAAGUCCUGAAAGAGUAUGGUAUAGUGUAUUGGACUUAAAAGACGCUUUCUUCUGCCUGUCUCUACAUCCAGCCAGUCAACCCUUAUUUGCUUUUGAGUGGAGUGAUCCUGAGGCAGGAAUUUCAGGCCAACUAACCUGGACCAGAUUGCCUCAGGGAUUUAAGAACUCUCCUACCAUCUUUGAUGAGGCCUUGCACCAAGACUUAAGUCUCUUCCGCAGCCAGCACCCCCAGGUAACCCUGCUCCAGUAUGUGGACGAUAUUUUACUUGCAGGAAAAACUGAAGAAGAUUGGGGAAAGCGAUGGCUGACGGAGGCCCGGAAGAAGGUCGUGGCACAGAUCCCUGCACCUACUACUCGCCGGCAGUUACGUGAGUUUCUGGGGACGGCAGGUUUCUGCCGCCUCUGGAUCCCUGAACUGGCGAUAGUUCACUGUCCAGGUCAUCAAACGGGAAAGGAAACCGUCGCGUCCGGAAACAGAAGAGCUGAUGAAGCAGCAAAGGCAGCGGCAUCCCGCAUGAAGGAGAUCCCUGCACUUAUUGUUACUGAACCUGACAACCUCCCACCAGUGUCAACAACUGUAGACCCCCUUUCUGAAGAACCAGAGGUUGGGGACGUUAAACUUAUGGUAUUACGUCAACAAUAUCAAGAAUUAGCUCAGGCAGAUAAUUUUGACCAGGAAUAUCAGGAAGUGGAGGCCCCUGACCACAUUGACUUCUAG